UGUAGCGUGUGAGGUGGCGGGGAAGCGUGCUUCGUUCUCCCAGGGCUUCUUCCAACGAGAGGUUCUCCACCACCAAUUCCCCCACACCCUCUUCCUUUCUCUCAUCCUCUCGGACCGUCGUGUCACGAGCCGAAAGACCUUCUAAAGGAUUCGACCCUUGUCAAGCACAUCCCAACUCCUCUCCCAACACCGUUCCUUUCCGUGCGACGCCAGAUGAUGGAAAGUCCUUAAAAAAAAAAAAAAGGUUCGUAAGGACUUCGCUGCGAGAGUCGCCCCUCCGGAUUCAUACUUAUUUCCUUCUGUGAAAAGUGACGUCUUCGCUCAAAAAUGUUCGCUUCGGGAGAGGUUUCUGCACUGACAGAAGUUCAAGAAAAGGGAAAAAGUUACGAAACAGUGCAUCAAUGAUAUACACUGCAAAAUGUAAAUAAACAACAGCAAUCUGACUGGAAAGACUCCAUGCAGUGGCCUGAAGGAAUGCUGUCUGCAGUAAAAACCCACGAGACUUUGUCUAUUGAAGUGAGGGCUCUUUCUUGUGAAGUGAGGGGAAACUAUUAAGUUUGACAGACAUGACAUCCUUCCCCUCGUGAAGUUACAAAACGUGAAGGAUACGAGGUGAAAUGUUCACUGGAAGGAGUUGGCGAGUGAUAUGAAGAGACGUAUUCCGCAUUCUUCAAAGUGUCUAUGACGAAUAACAUCUCAGCGGCAAAAGUAAUUUCAUUAAACAAGUGUUGAACGUGAUAUGAAAAGACCAGGUGAUGCUUUCUAUGACAGUGAAUGAGAAUCUUACAGUCGUUGGGAUGAUGGUGCUCCUUGCAUAGAAGAUCUAAGGGGCGGCGUAUUUACUUUUAUUACAUGCACCGGGAAACUGUCAUUUCGCGAGUAUUAAAGAAGAGCUGCACACUUUACGAGCAUGCAGUGAAUAAGCAUAGAAAGGAGAAGGCAAAAUAGCAUAAUCUCACUGUGAUAAUGUAAAGUAAAAUAAUAACCAAAGUUCCCCCUUUGAUGGUCAAAGAAAACCACAAUAUUUCCCCUUUGUUACAUCGCUUCAACGAAUACAUAAUAACCCAUUGUGAUAAGAGAAUGAAUGCCCUUUCUUAUUCUUUUCAAACGAGGAGGUCGUACAGCUCCACAAAAAGGCCUUAGACAUCAUCAUAACCGGUAACAGACAAGACGUGUGAAAGCAUGAUCCAUAACUGACAAGGUCACUGACACGAAGCAGGACCCCCAGAAAGGUAUGUGAGAAGUGAGACAUGAGUGCAUGGCCUCAAAACCUCAUAAUUAUUGAUUGAGUGAGGAAUAAUCUUAGGGUCAAUGCAAAUGAUUUUCUUCAACAAAGUCAGUGAGAACAUAAAUGCCGGAUACCACCUGUCUUGGAAAUUAGCAGAAAUCUAAGAAUAUAACCAGUGUGUGUGUGUGUGUGUAUCGUAUUGGUGUGAAUAAAAGUAACUAAGAAUAAAAGUAGUGGAUAAUAAUGUCAGUAACGUUGGAAAAAAACGCAUAAAACAAAAGUGUCGAGAUAACCUUUUAGGGAUUUGAACUCUUCAAAAAUUAAUUUCUAAAUUUUGUGCAAGUGCCACUGUAGGACCACAUGGUCAUAUACCUUGGUGUUUAGGUCCCUCUCGAGUGAAGGAGCCACUUGGCUCAAAUCCCCAAAGAAAGGAACGAAGUGAGAAAGACUUUGAGUUUUCCGUGAUAGUAUCAUUCGGGAGAUCCGUCUCCAUCCCGGACUUCUUCUUGUUCUUCCUCUCGAAAUGGAAGAGUGUGGCAGCGGCAACGGGGGAGGCAGCGGAGGCGGAGGCGGUGGUGGUGGCACUGAGGGUUCGCGUGCCACCCGGGACGACGACAGCGAGGGUAGUGCCACGGGCGGCACCGGCCAUGCCGAGGCGGAGUCAGUCCGCCGCCGGCGUAGGGUAGUCUCUAGGGCCAGAUUGACGCUCUCCGCAGAAACACCUCAACACCAUCACCAACUCCUCCACCACCACCACCUACACGAAAUGAUCUCAAGGUCGCCACAGCAUUUGUGUGCGAAAGUCUCCAAAACGCUCCACUUAGAUGGGCCCAUUUCCAAAGCCAGUCGACUGCUCCGCAGGAAGAUACCUCAGAGCGGGCACCUCAUGUUACCGAAGAGGAUGUGGAUGCAGACCGUCCCUACCCAGGACUGCGAGGUGGUGGUGGUGAUGGCACCAGGCACAAGAGAAACAACACUCCACUGGCUGUUGGCGAGAUUAAAAGCCAGGUUGCCGGAACUGACAGUCUGUGUUAAGAAUCACGCUGCCACGAACUCCUACGCUCUCUACCUCUCUGCCACUUACGACGGUUUAAUCAAAGGAGGAGAGGAGAUGCGACUGGUCAAACGAAUGAAGGCGGAGUACGGCGGGGGCCUUCGGGAACUCUCCCAACACGAGCUCGCUAUAUUCCAGGGUGUUGAGGACGGCGGGACCUUCUUCACCACCCUAGAGCGGCAGAGCAUCGUUCUUCACAUCCUACAUUCCCUCCGAGCGACCCACGAAGAGUCCAUAGAAGCCACAUCCUUCCGGGAAGGACAGGCCAUCAUACCCAAAUUCCAGUCCGACGGUACAAUUCACGGGAUCCUUCCGUUACACGAUUACAAGAAGCUGGAAGUGCUCCGGACCACGUGGGUGCAAACCUUCUUCCAGUAUCAACCAAUAGAGGCCAUCGAACAGUAUUUCGGUUCCAAAAUAGCCAUCUACUUCGCGUGGCUGGGACACUACACGACUGCCCUCACCAUUCCUGCUGUGAUUGGACUCAUCUUUUGGGUCUUCCUAUGGGGUCGCGAUCAGGCACUGGAGGACAAAGGCUUCGUGAUUUUCGCCUUCCUGAAUGUCGUGUGGGCCAGCACGUGGCUGGAAGCCUGGAAGCGUCGCAGUGCCGAGCUCGCUUAUUACUGGGGCACUCUGGAUUCCCAGGAAGAAACCUUGUCCGAACCCAGACCCCACUUCACGGGAGAACUCAGAGUUUCCACGGUGACGGGUCGGCUGGAGCCCGAGUACCCCGCUUGGAAGAGAAACCUGAUCCGGUAUCUCGUUACUCUGCCACUCAUUUGCGUCUCCCUGUUAGUGGUCUUCAUCGUUAUGCUUCUUAUCCUGCAACUCCAGGAUCUCUGCGAUGCCUUCAUCUCCGCUCAUGACUACAGCUUCUACCUAUCCUAUGCUCCAAAAAUCCUCAUGGCCUUGACAAUAUCUGCCUUCGAUGAAGGGUAUACCAAGGUGGCUGUUUGGUUAAAUGACCUUGAAAAUUACCGAGUCGAGGAUGCAUACCAGAAUCACUUAAUAACGAAGUUGGCAGUGUUUCGUUUCGUCAACUCCUUUUUGUCGUUGUUCUACAUCGCCUUCUACCUCCAAGACAUGGAGCGCCUAAAAGAGCAACUGGCGGCGCUUCUCCUCACCCGUCAAGUGGUGGGCAACAUCAAGGAGUCAUGCAUUCCUUACCUGCUCGAACAAUUCAAGUUAGCAAAGUUGAGCUUUGACCUUUACGGCGCCUUGUCUCCAUCGGAGGAAAAACAGCAGGACUGGCCUCAGGAGAAUCCGCCUCAACCUGCCGGAGAUUCACAGAUACAGGAGGAAGAUGAUGAUAAAGAUGAAUCCCCAACUGGCACAAAGGAGGAAGUAACUACUGACGAAGCCUCCCCGUCAGCAGUCGACGGACAAGGUCCCGCUACCGAAACUUAUCUGCCGAGAGGGUCCAGCAGAAACAGAAUCGUCAGUCAAGCCGAAGUUGAAUGCAAUAUGUCGCGGUAUGACGGGACAUUCGAGGACUACCUGGAGAUGUUCAUUCAGUUUGGUUACGUGACUCUCUUCUCCUCAGCCUUCCCUUUGGCCGCCACGUGUGCUUUCCUCAAUAACCUCAUUGAAAUCCGCUCAGAUGCCUUCAAAUUGUGCUGCGUCUUCCAGAGGCCUUUCGGCCACCGAGCCCAAAGCAUUGGCGUCUGGCAGGAUGCCAUGGAACUAAUGGGCGUGUUAGGAAUCAUGGUCAACUGUAUGCUGAUCGGAUUAUCUGGUCAGGUACACAGAAUGUUCCCUGAAAUGUCGACAGUCCAUACUAUCUUGCUUAUCAUUGUCCUUGAGCAUGCUAUGAUCGCCCUUAAGUAUGGAAUCAGCUACGCCAUUCCAGACAUUCCUGACUGGGUCGCUACAGAGAUGGCCAAAGUAGAAUUCCAGAGAAGGGAGGCACUGAGAAGGCUUUCUUCUUCAAAUUCGCCCCCAACACGUGAAGAUUCCCAACCUCCAUCGCCAAGCAGGUACUUGUUUGGGCAUUCAUUAACGUCAACAGAAUAUGUGGACCGAAGUGCCCAGACGGACAUUAUGUAUUGCAGAAGGAGAUCUUCAAAGGCUUCUCCAGCAGAAACCAUUGAUGAAGAUGAAGUUCUGUCGUCGAUUGACGCUGAAAACGAAGCGCGAGUCAUGCAAACAGAGAGUUCCAGUGAGGCAAGAUCAGGAGUCGACUUGGAUGAGAAGAGAGAAACUGAAAUGAAGUACCGUGAAGUUGAGAGCUUUGAAGGAGCAAAAGCCCGCCCCAUUGUUAAGCUGGGAAGGAGCAUUUCUGCUUGUGAGAGAGUGCGACAUCGAACUGCCAGAAUCAAUAGGAUCAUGAAUCAAGAGAGUGCUGAAUCAAAUGAUUCAGAGGAGGACCUGAUAGCCAAGCCUUUUGACAGUUUACCCUUACUUUCAGCCCCAGCAUCUCUUGACACUAAAAACAGACUCUUCAGAUUCUCUCCAGACAAUGAAAGGAUUACAGGACAGGUCAAAGUUAGAUCAAGACUACUAGAGAAGCCGGAAUAUGGUUAUAACCAAUUAACAGCACGCUCUGCAGAAUGUGUAUCAAACCCAUCAAGUGUCCUGAGGUAUUCAGAUGAUUCCAAAGGCCACAUAAGUGAGGAAGGAGAAGCUACUCCAGACAACAGUAUGAACAACAGUCGAACACCUACUCCAUCUAGUGAGGAGCGUAAGGAACCUACAACACCAAUGACUCCAGUGGAAGCAACCCCUUCACCUGCUAAAGAAGAUGCAAAACUUCCAGGUCUUCAGAGGAAGAAACCCCCAAUGAAAUUCCUCAAACGAGCCCAAAGUUUAUCUUAUGUCUUUAAACGUACUGGUAAACCAGAUAAACCAGAGAAGAGAAAGAAGAUUAUUCGUGAUGAUUAUGCAGCACUUCCUACCACCAUAGAACCCCAAGGAGAGAUGGCACUGGUACCACUGGAAAAAUUAGUAGCCAUAGAUGAUAUACAAAUGCAACCUUCUCUCUCCAGUUAUAAUGUCUACACUGAAUAGUGAUUCUCUUGGUUAUCGAUCAUCCUAACAUAUAGCUUUAGGCUUUGUGAUAGGUGGUUUUAGCAUAAGUGUAUCUGGACAAAGCUGUUUUUUUUCUGAAUUUGGAAUGUAGGAUUCUAGUGAAACCUUUUUGGUUUGGCCAAUAUGGUUAGUGCAAUUACAUAUCGUGCACAGUCGAUACAUCAUGCAUGAUUAAUUGUUAUGUCAUAUCUAAGUCCUAGAGAGAAAAAUAGGUGCGGCGGAAUUAUAUUGUUAAAUGUGUAAUAAAAAGCCUUUUAAAAUGAACUACGCUUGUGUUUGGUUGCUUGUGCGUAUGCGCUUAAGAUAUGUGUGGCCGCUGAAGUCAUGUGCACAUCACACAUCAAAUUAGUAUAGUGAUCACAUUGGUGCACACUAAUGUGCACAUGUAUCUAUGUGGUUGUAUUCCAAUCUACCUUUAACUCUAAUGCUUUCUACUUCAUUCAAGUUCUGGUAGUUGUGAUUUUGAUGGUGUGAGUGUGCACCUGUGUUGGACUUUAGUUGAAAGCAUGUGUGUGCAUGUGUGUGUGAUGAUGAUGAAAGGAUUUAUAUAUAUAUACAUAUAUACAUGAGAGACUCAGGGCAUGUAUGUGCAUAAUGGUAAUAAUAAUAUAUGCUCGUCGAUCUCUGCAAGAUAAACCAAUUAAUAAACAAACACUUUCAAGAACUUUAACUCUUCGAGCCUAAUUUCCAGAAAGCUGCUUGGGAAGGAGAAGCAAAAGCACAUUUGUUGAAAUAUUAGUAUAGGCUCACCUUAGUGGAGAUUACCCUUGACACUGUUCUACCUUCUUUCAAGUACCAGAAACUUGACUUGCUAUGGCUUCUAGUCUCACUCUGUGAUCUGGAAUUGGGCACCUAAUGUGUGACAACUAUAUCCACCUGAUUUCCGCCGUUUCUGUGCAGUUCACACUUAUCAUUCUUCAUUGCGAAGGCUUGUAGUUGUGUCUGAGACACUUGUGUUGCCUUACUGAUAAUUAUAUCUGCAUCACUUAGCUAUAUAACCCUAACUGGAGAUAAGCCUCCAAACAGGGACUCACUUGGUUCAUCAGGCUAAAGUCAUCAAAGCAUGCUUGGCUAAGCAAAAUCCCGAUCUCUGUCUGCUUGGCAAAUGUAGUUACCUUAACAGUCAGUAGGACACUUCAAGCUGCUAAGGACUCAACUCUUUACCUGUAAUUUCAAAACGUCCAAUUAUAUGAUACUGUUUGUGUCACUGUGCCAUGUGAGUUAAAGAUAUGACAAAGAAUCACGUGCUAAGGGUCCACCUUUCUGUUAUGCUUAACAUCACAGCCUAAAGUCUUAUGAGAUAAAAUAACAACUUUCAGUUAUGUUAGGUCUGAAUAGGUCAAGGUAAAAAAGUAAACCACUACAGAAAACACAAUCAAACUGAAUAUGCUUGUGGAUAUACUCACUAAUGUAAAACUGGACGAGGGACUGUUAAACUAACUUAUGGCUCAUGCUAUGGCUUAAUUCAUAGAAAAUUCAAACCUCUAAUAAACAAAAAACAAAAAAACAUUUGCCUGAAGAAAUGAAGGCAAGAGGACAAGGUAAAAAAACUGAUAAAUUGACAAAGGAGUAAAAUCCUUCUUUGUCAGAAGAAUGUAUAUCAUGUACAGUUGAUAAGGUACCUAGUUUUACAGAGUAAGCUUCAACUUAUUCUCAUUGAAACUGUAUUUUGACUGGUAAAAUAGUAAAAUAGAUGAAUGUUAUAAACUUGAUCCUCUCUCUGUGUAUACUCCUUUUGUCAAUUAUCCUGUUUAUAAUUACCUCUAAAUCAGUUUAUUCUCUAGCGCCAUUGAUAUGAAUCUUACAAUAUGUCAUCUCCUCAACAUUUUACUAAUUUUUAAAAAAAUUUGAUACUUAAUCUUUGAAUUUUUUUCGCUCCCUUCGUAAUUUUGUGUGAAUAUUCCAUAUACAUUAGAGUACUUAUUGUAAGCCAACUUAUAUGUUGAGUAGUGCACAUAGUACAUUAUGUUGACGAAGGUAGAGAGUGAAAGCUAUCUUUUGUAAAUGUUAAAUAAAGAAUGUUUAAAGGGAUUUUAAUGUAUUACGCCACUUGUGAACAUAGUAAUAAUUGAUUUAAAUGACUCUUACUACUCUGGCUGUAACCACUUAUCUGACACAGUGAAUCGAAUGGUACCAAGUAAUGCACGUUCACUUCACGGUAGACAACUUAAACCUACCACAUACCCUCAAAAACAGGGGAAAAAAGGCAAAGCUAAAAAAAGGCAAUUAUAGGAAAUUCGGGAUGGUCUAGUUUUCAUCUCAUUCUUACCUUCAAUAUUUUUAUUUUCAACUUUUUAUGGAUUACAAUAAAUGAUAUAUAUAACAUGAACAUUUAUGGUUAAAUAACAAAAAAAAAAAAACGGAAUACAGUUAUGUACAAAAAUAAAGAAAAUUGUAUAUUUUAGAGUUUAAUUUGAAAAUGAUCACAAUGAAAGGGAGGAUUCUUUGAGUAUUACCUCCGUUUAUACUCUUUUAUUUUGAAAGAAAUACGAAUCACUUGGUAAGAAUUUACCCUAUAUAUGAUUGCUUAUGAUGUAAAGGAAUCUAUAUAUAUGCAUUACAUAUAAAAAUAUAUGCAUUUGUUUAUGUUUGUGUAUACAUGCAAGUCUGUGUAUGCAUGUACAUAAACAGUAUAUAUACAACCAUGUACUAAAUAUACAUAUAUAUGCAGCAUAUAUCCACAAAUAUAUGCGCAUUUAUAUGUAUACAUAUAUAUACGCAUAUAUAACUGUUGACAAAAAAUAAAAAACCAGCAAUAAAAACAGAACAA